UCGGUCCGCCAUACUCACGUUCCCGCAGGAACAAGGAAAUGUGUUCAGCAGCUGCUGUGUACGAGCUCCACCUCUGCAGGUGGAUGUGAGCCGCUGUACACUGGAUAAAGGGGGUAACAACAUGGGACUGCUGUCUGACCCAAACAGAAGACGGGCUUUGAUUAGCCUGCUGACCCGCCUCAAUGCUCCAAUCUGUGUGGUCUGCUACAUGGCGGGUGUGGCCUGGUUCAUGGGGUUAGCCUUUGAGCCAUUCACUCUGCGUACAUACAUGUCAGAGAAUGCCAUGGGGUCGACCAUGGUGGAGGAGCGCUUCCCAGCAGGAGAGAGGGCACUGGCCACGGGCAGAGAGUUCUCUGCUCAUAAGAAGAAAGCAGGUGGGAUGCCAGUGGAUUGGUUGGUGAAGACCAUGAAGGAUCGAGGGCUGGAGGUGUUCACCCAAAGAUUCUCUCGCACACUACCUUUCCCUGAUGAAAAUAAGGAGAGAUAUAUGGUCAAAGGAACAAACGUCUAUGGGAUACUUCGGGCCCCCAGAGCUCCACGGACUGAAGCCUUGGUGCUGAGUGCCCCCUGCACCCCAGGGGAUAACAACAACCAGGCAGUGGGGCUACUUCUGGGCCUGGCACAGUACUUCAGGAAUCAGAUUUACUGGGCCAAGGACAUCAUCUUCCUCAUCAAUGAGCAUGAUCUGAUUGGUAUGCAAGCCUGGCUGGAAGGAUACCACCACACCAACACUACAGGUAUGGACUGGUCUCCACUUCAGGGCCGUGGUGGUUCAAUCCAGGCAGCUCUGUCCCUGGAGCUCAGCAGUGAUGUCAUCACCAGUUUAGACCUGGUACUAGAAGGACUCAAUGGCCAGCUUCCCAAUCUGGAUUUAGCCAACCUCUUCUAUGCCUUCUGUCAGAAGAUCGGAGUCCUCUGUACCAUCCAGGGCAAGCUGCAGAGAAACGACUGGGACAGUGUGUCAGGUUACAGUCACGCAGUGCAGACGAUGAUGCUGAUGGUGAUGAAGCAGGCCAGUGGGCGGCCUUGGGGGGAUCAUGGCCUCUUUCUGCGUUACCACAUUGAGGCCGCCACAAUCAAGGGCAUCAACAGUUUCCGUCAGUACAAGACUGACGCCACCACUAUUGCUAGGCUCCUGGAGGGAAUGUAUCGUAAGCUGAAUAACCUCCUGGAGCGCUUGCACCAGUCCUACUUCUUCUACCUCAUGCCAUCCCUCUCUCACUUCGUCUCCAUUGGUUACUACAUGCCAGCGUUUGGCCUCCUUGCCGUCAUCCUGCUGCUUCGUGCCUUGGACCUGUGGGUGCAACUUUCGACUCCACCACAAAGACCAGAGGAUGGAGUCGCUGACUCUGAGCAGGAGUCGAGUCCAGGAGUUCUGUCAGUGUUGACUCCUCUGGUGAUCAGCCACCUGACUGGUGUAGCUCUGUACACCCUGCCCAUCCGCUUUCAGGAGCUGGCUGUGGAACAUUUCCCGGUAUCAGAGACAGAGGCUGUGGUCCUGACAGCUAUAGCUGUGUACACUGCAGGAUUGGCUUUACCGCAUAACACACACAGGCUCCUGUCAGGUGAGGGCACAGAGCAGGGCUGGAGAGUCCUGAAGCUAGUGGCUCUGCUCUACCUGGCUGUUUUACUCGGCUGCACUGCCCUCAUCAACUUCUCCCUGGGCUUCAUCCUUGCUCUCAGCCUGGUGCCUGUAGCUGCCUUCAUCACCCCCCACGUACCAAAGGUGCUUUCAGCCUUCAUCCUGGUCGUCCUCAGCCCGGCCUUCACACUCCUCUUUUCCGUCUUCUUCUUCCAAGAGUUGGUGGAAGUGCCCGUCAGCUUCCAGGAUGGCUGGGUGCUCUACCUGUCAGUGAUCUCUCAGGGCAUCCUGGACCACUACCUGUACGGCUCUCUGGUUUACCCUCUCAUAGCCCUGCUGGUGUAUCCCUGCUGGCUGCUUUUCUGGAACAUUCUCUUCUGGAAGUAAACGCCAGUCCCAAAGGAUGAAAGACCCUCUGAGGUGCUCUCAGGUUUGUCUUCACAGGGUGAGGGGAGAAUGUGAAAGACGGUUGAAUCUGCUGGUGAGGCUGGACAAGAGGAGGAAUACUUGUAGUUGACUUGGAAGGAAUGCUGUGAUGCCCUUUUUUUUUGGACAUUUUGUUGGUAUCUUUAAUAUAUUAAAAACAUGUUGGAGAGAAAUCAGGUUGUUGACAAACUAAGCAGAGUGGGUGGUUUUGUGUGGAAGCGGAGAACGGCACUACUUGCAAUUGUUUUUAAUUCCAACUCCUAAGAUGGCUCCUUGCUAUAAAAGGUAGGUUAUCCUGUUGUGUCAUCAGAAAAAACUAAUGAGGUCAUAGUUUUAAUAUGAAGGCGAAAAUAAAAGAUUGCAAGAACUGCAGUUAUGGGUUUCUGUAACUUAAAAUAAUAUAGGAGAAGAGUGAUUGGUCUUUUCACAAGUCACUUUGAAUGAAAUGGUUGGGUUUCUCUCUGUUAAAGGUUUUGGUUUGGGAUGUAUUUAUGUAUUUGUUUGUGAUACAUAAAGAAAAUGACUGCA